AUUCUGAGUCAUGCAGACGCUUACGUUUGUUUGGAGUGUUUCCCAAAUUUUGUGAAUAUACUCAAUAGUGGAUUCACCGCUGCUUAACGAGGUUCUUUCUCAAAGAGUCAGUCAUUUUUUUGAACAUUGAGAAGAUACCAUGGAGCAGGAUGGUUCCAAGACUGAUCAUGCUGAUGAUGAUAAAAUGUGGAAAGAUGUGGAAAAACUGGGGAAAAGAUUUCAAAGCAAAGGAAAGCAAUGUAUAUUUCUAGCUGUUGGUGAAGAUGGUAAUGAUGUCCAGAGUUGGUGUACUGAAGCUGGUGAUCAGUUCACAACUCAAUAUCCUAAAUGGACAACUAUGUUUCAAGAUUUCUGCUCUUAUUAUCAGACAAGUGCCUGUAACAAAAAGGGAGAUAAAACAAUACUUGAUCAGUCUGCAGACCAGUUAGGGUUGAUAUCCAAUAGUGGAAAUGAAAGAACCAAAAAUGAUAAAAUGCCCAGUACAAAUAAUACAGUUAGUUCUAUGAUUACUUCCCUUGAUCAAAAUGAAGACCAGUUAGAGAUGUCCAAAAGCAAACAAGAAAGUACAAAUAAAGAAAAUGUAAAUGGGUCCAUGGAUGUCUUUGUUGGCCAAGAGUCAGAUAACUUGGUAACUUCUGGUAAUCAUCAAGAAAGGACAGAUUCGAUUUCUGAUACAAAUGAAAUGGAGUGUGUUAAUGAUGUUGAAGAUGAUGACACAGAUGAUUAUACUGUUAAUGAUGAGCCUCCAAGUCAUAGCUCUGCAACAGGAAAAAUCACAAAGAAAGUGACAGAAACAAAAAAGACUGCAGAUACUCUGAAAAUCAGAAAUUCUCCAAGACUAAGACAAUCAAUGAAAACAGGACCUAAAAAGACUUCAAGCUAUGAAAAUAAUCCAAUAUUGCAUAAUAUCAGAACCAGGGGUUCUAUCAAGGUUAACUUGUCCGAAAUAAAAGAUUCCUCCAAGAGGUCAAGAGGUCAAAUUAAAGAUAAACUUCCCAAAUCUUUGACAUCCUGUGUAGUUAAACUUGAAAAUCUGUCUGAAGGGAGUUUGAAAAAUGGGGAAGGAGUUGACAAAAUUUGUGAGAAUUCAUCAGUUUCAAAGAAAAGAAGGAGAAGUAAGGAUGGAAUUGAAAAGAGUUUGAGUGACACAGAGAAUGAAUUGCAGGCAACUGAUAGUUGUACCAGGAAGACAGCAGUAAAUAAGAAAGAUCAGAUCAGCACACAAAGGAAUGGAAAUGCAGACAUGGUCUCUACAAGGACCAGAAAGACAGCAGAUGAUAAGCAGGAACCAAUUAAAACAAUGCCCAAUGAGGUUAUUAAGGAUCUCAACCAAUACUUAAAUCGUAAAGAAUAUAUUUGUGGAGUAUGCUCAAAUGAGUCUAGCAAUGCAUUCAGCUAUUACAACCAUGUCAAAAACCACAGAAACUACCAGCUUUGCAAAGUUUGUGAUGUUAUGGUACCAUCUAACAAUGAAACAAUAGAAAAACACCGAAAGGAGUUCCAUAAAGAUGAUUUAUUCUUCAAAUGUCCCAAAUGUAACAAGAAUUUUAAGAGUAAACUCCAAUUGAAAACUCACUUCCCGUCUCACAAUUCCGAUGUUAAAUAUCUGGAACGUUUGGUUGACACUACUAGCAGCAAAGUAAAGGUGAUGUCUAAAGAGCAGGAGCGUUUUACCAAGAUGCACCCAGAUUUGCAAGAAAUAAAUAAAUAUUUAAAUCGGACUGAAUAUGCAUGUAGUCUCUGUUUCAAUGUGUAUAAUAAUUCCGUUAGUUACUACAAUCAUAUAAGGUCUCAUAAAGAUCAUCAGCUCUGUAAAGUCUGUGACACGAUGAUUCCUUGUGGUGCUGGAAAAAUGGAAAAACAUAGAAAGGAAAUUCACGGAGACGAUUUCUUAUUCAAAUGUCCAGAUUGCGACAAGAAGUAUAAAAGUAAGCUUGGUCUGAAAACACACUUUAUUCUUCACCAUGCUGAUCAGUCAGUGCGAUUCAAUUGUAAAAUCUGUAAAGCCUCAUAUGGGAAUGCGUCAAUGUUGAAAAGGCAUGAGAAAAUACACACGUUUGACCAUUCCUGCUUCAUUUGUCAUGAGAAAAUAGAAACAAAAUUGAAACUGAAACAGCACAUGUUAGAAGCACAUUCUUUCCAUUUCUGUAUGACCUGUAGUCUCUACUUUGUUGAUAGUUUGGAAUUAGAAGAGCAUGAACAAACUCAUUUUAAUUCAAAUUCAUCAGAUGAUGAUAAUGAACCUGCCACAAAUUCUACUUCCUUUGAGGAGAGUUCUUCCUGUAUGCCACUAUUAGAGAAAGAAAAUGUUUCUUCGGAUAUGGAACCAGUAGAAAAUGCAAGUAACCAUAGCAACAUACAGGAAGUUGUUGUUGACAAGGAGAAAAUGUCCACCGAGGCUGAAGUUACAGAUGCAAUAGAAAGUUUGAUAAUUGAUUUGACUCCCGAGUUGUCAGACAUGCCGAACAUCAGUGUAGAUGAAAUUGAAACAGCCAAAGAUGGAAUCGACCAGAUAAAACAGAAAUAUAAUGAAAAUCUCGAUAAAAAAUGUAAAUUUUGCGGAAAGAGGUUCAAGCAUGAAAAUGCCUUAGAUAGACAUGUAAAGCUUCAUAACAAUAAAGCUAAAUUCACAUGUGUCCACUGUGGACAGGUAUGUAAAACUGAUGAGACAUACAAGCGCCAUCUACUGGUGCACCUGCCAAACGCAGAGAAGCCGCAGCAUUGUGAGAAAUGUGGAAAAGGUUUUGCAACAUACUCAGCUCUGAAGAUCCACUCGUACACUCACUUUGACAAAAAUCACUUCAUGUGUGAGUUUUGUGGAAAAGGGUACAGGGAUCCUAAAAUGCUGAAAAUACACAGAAGAAAACACACUGGAGAAUAUCCUUAUCAUUGUGCUGUUUGUGACAAAAAGUUCAGAAGCUGGGACUUACUGGCCAUGCAUAAGAUCACCCACAAAUCAGACCCUGACGUUAUCUGUGAUGUAUGUGGGAAAACUUUCUCCCACCGCAUAAGAUUGGCCGCACACAGAAAACGACACACGGACGAGAAAAAACAUAAGUGUACUCUCUGUGUAAAAGUAUUUAAAAAUCCAUACAACCUCCAACAACAUUGUAUUUCUAUGCAUGUAGAAUAUGCCAAAAGUCGGGGAUGGAAAAUGCAUGAAUGCAAAGACUGCAACAGACUUAUAGCCACAAAAGAACGUUUCCGUCGCCAUGUAAGAACUCAUACUGGAGAACGUCCAUUUGGAUGUGAAAUUUGCGGCAAGCGGUUUGCGGAAAAAGGGAACUUAAAUUCUCAUAUGAAAAUACACAAUGAUGAUAAACAGUUUGAGUGUAUAUAUUGUUCCAAAAGGUUUAUACAUAAUCGUACAUUAAAAAAACAUCUUUUGAUCCAUGAAAAGCCUAUACCUGAGAACACCCUUGUUAACCGUAGUGGAUACACCCCUGAUGAGCUACUAGCUAUAUCAAUUGUUGCAGAUUCAAAUAAUUAUGUUUUGCAAAAUAAUCCAUCUAUUUCAUUAGCAGGACAACAAACAGUGACCGAAACUAGAAGUUAUAAUUUAGAGAUAAACAAAAACCUGGAACAGAAAACUCAUGCAUCAGUUCAGUCUGAAGAUAAAAUGUUCAUUCAGCAAGCUCAGCAAGUAGACAUACCUGUCGAGGCCAUUCAGAGUAAUGAUAGUGGUUGGAGAGAUAAAAUUAGACUGAUGUACAACUGAUGUAAGGCCAAUACAACUGAUUUAUAUAUAUAAUAUGAAACGCUGAUAUGUCACUGUCUGGUCUGAUGAGUCUUAUGCAGAAGAAACCUGCGUCUGGCUGACUUGAUUAUAAUUCUGGUACCCUUGAUAACUAUUAACUAACUGUGCAUUUAUUCAUAUUUUAUGUGUAUCAAUUUUUGUUGAUUGAGGAAAACUUGCAUUUUUGUAGAUGUUUGAUUUCAUGGUUUUGCUUAUCUCCGCAUACAUUCCUAUAAAACAUAUGUAUUACUAUAAACAUUUGAAUUUGUGGUUCAACUGUACCAUGAAACCCAUGAAAAUUGGUAUCUAAUGAAGAAUGACGAAUGUACAGUAUUAUACCAUUUGUUUACUCAUUUGCAAACACAAUUUUGUGUAUAUUUAAAUUUUGUUAUUUACACUUAAAUUGAAAUACAUGUAAUAUUUUUUUAAUUUAUAUUAUGUAGAUAGGUAUAGUUGAUAACAUAAAUUUUACAGAUAAAGAUACAUGUAUUAUAUACUAUAUACUGAGAAACCAUAAAAGUUCUGUAUAUAUAUAUAUAUUUGUAUUAAUCAAAACUUUUAUUAACUUUUAGUGGAAAAUAACUUCUAGUAUCAAAAGAAUGUAGCUUUAAAUAACAUCAAAUGAAAUAUUAAAGAUCAAAAUAUAUGAAAAUCUUAAAAGGUUACAUACAGUACACACAGAUAAAUUUGCUCUAAAGACUUUCAUUGGACUUAAAAAAAUGAUGUCCCUCCUAUUCAAGGUUGGCAAAAAAGUGGUCAAUACUAGUAUUGACCAUGCCAGUGGUAAAUACCGGUAUUUACCGGGAAAUACUGGGAAAUACUGGGAAAUACCGGCAAAUACUGGUCGAUUGAAAUUUUGAGUGGUCAUUACUAUAAAAACCACUAUCUAUUUGGUCAAUUAUAAUUACAAUUAAUAAUUAAUUUAUAUAGAGAGUGUUCAAAUCAUUUUUAAUGCUUUCAUUUUUAAUUCUAUUGUAAAUUCAAACAGGAAUCUAUAUUGAUUAAUGUGAACAUAAUAUUAUAGUUAAAGGAUAAACAUUUUUUGUCCCUACUUCAAAUUUUCAUUUCCAGCAAGAAGAAGGUUUUUAUCUCACAGUUAAAUAGCUAUAGACAGGAAAUAAUUUAUUGUUUAGGGGAGUCUUCAAAUAUCAAUUUUAUUACUUUCAACCCAUGUACUGUCAACUUUUAUUGGAGGCUAUUGUUUUAGUAAUUAAAUUUUCACACCUAGCAAUGCCAGGUGAUAGGUAAAAAGACCCAUGUAACUUCAUUUGCCUGUAGUUUUAUUUACCUUUAAUUUUAAUUACCUGUAAAAUCAUACAUUUUGAAUAAAAAUUCAUUAAUUUAAACAUGUUGAAAUAAUAUAUAAAUUUGUAUAUAUUUAUAUAUCUUAAGUAUGUAAUAUCAUAAUUCAUAAAAACUAAAUUUUAAAUCAGUGACAGUAAGAAUAAGUGUUAUAAAUGUAUAAAACAUAUCAAAUUCAUUAAUUUUAUAAGCUGACAAAUUAUAUUUGACUUUUUAUCAAGAUUUUACUUCAAUUAAUAGUAGAAACAAUCAUGAAAAUUUCAAUUGACCAGUAUUUGCCAGUAUUGACCACUUUGGGAGUAUUGUCCCGGGCAGUAAAUACCGGUAAAUACCACUGGUAAAUAACGGGGGUGGUAUUUACCGCCCAACCUUGCUCCUAUUGGAGAUUAUAGCAAUUACAGGAAUAGGAAAUCAGACUGUUGUUUAUUGCAUAUAAUUAGAAUUUUAUUUUGUAUCACAUAAUGUAUGCCUAGUAUUAUGAUCACUUGAAUUAAUCUUUCAUUAUCGUGAUUAUUGUUGCUACUGUAAAUUCAGAAAUUAUGCAAUGUUUUUAUUAUUGCUAAAAAAUGAGACAGGGUUAUAAUCGCAAUAAUUUAAACUCCUGUUUUGAAAAAAAAGAUUAUGAAUUAGAUAUGAUUUUUGUCGAGCCUUUGACUUUUGUCAAAAAAGACAUAGAGAUCCUACAUUCCGUCUUUGUCGUUGUUGGCGGCCACAAAUAUUCACUCUCUGGUUAAGUUUUCUUGAAAUUUUAAUAACUUUCUUAAACUAUCCUGGAUUUCUACAAAACUUGGACUGAAGCUUGUUUAUGAUCAUAAAAUAGUAUCCAGAAGUAAAUUUUGUAAUUUUCUGUAUUUUACUUGUAAAUGGACUUAGUUUUUCUGCGUGGAUGCAUUACAUUCAAUGUGUGGUUAAAUUUUUUUGAUAACUGUCCUAAACUAUCCUAGAUUUGUACUUAACUUGGAUAGAAGCUUGUUUAUGAUCAAAAGCUAAUAUAUAGAAGGAAGUUUUGUUAAAAUUUUGUACCUGUUUAUCAGUGUUUUAAUUAUAAAUGGACUUUGUUUUUGUUCCAGUUAACAUCUCAUACAAUCUGCAGUUAAAAGUUUUUAAAUAAGACAUUUAUUAGAUUCAUAAAUUAUAAUGGAUUUUUGCCAAACUUAGACAGAAACACUUACAAUUAAAUGAUAAUAAUCAAGAGAAAUAUUUUUAAAGAAUUUUCUUUAUUUUUGUUGAGCCUGCGAUUAACAACAACUCCUUACACAUUUUAUUCUCAAUAUUGCAAAGAUAAAAAAAAAAAAGCAUUUUAGUCUCAAAUGACAAAAUCGCAAUAAUAAUUGCAAGCAAUAAUUUCUGAUUAUACAGUAAUCAGUGAUAAAAAGGUUGAAAUUCUGACGUAUUUUAAAGUGAAUAUGAAUGUAUUUUUGUUUCCUGAUUUUUUUACUGGAUAUUUUUGAUUAUACAAUGUAUUGUUUAUUUAGGAUAUGUUGUGAUUGUUGACAUUGCUUUUGACUUAUCAUAAUAAACUUUUGAAUUACA